AUGGCACCAACAAUCAAGAAUGUCGCUCUUGCUGGGGCGACCGGCCAACUAGGAUCGCGCAUCUUGACAGCUCUCGUCAAUCUUGGGCACUUCAACAUCACCAUACUCACUCGAAACGCUGCGCCCACUUCAUUUCCCGAGGGUGUUAUUACUAGAGAAGUUGAUUAUACUUCCACUGAAUCUCUUGUUGAUGCGAUUCGAGGACAAGACGCUGUGAUUGAUUCUACGCACAGUUACGAAUCUGAAGGACCUCGUCGACUGCUGGAUGCGUGCGUAGAGGUCGGAGUUUAUCGCUAUAUUCCGCCUGAAUUCGGAUCAGAUCCUAUCAGCCCUGAUGUUCAAGCCCUGCCAUUCUUCAGGCGGAAGACCGAAAUUGCCAAGUACCGGGCUGAGAAGCUAAAGGGCUCGAGCCUUACAUGGACUGCCGUGGCUUGUGGGCCAUUCCUGGAAGCCAUUGAAGAUGGGGGCCUCGGAAUUGAUGUCGAAGCGAAAAAGAUCGCUUGGUACGGAGAAGAUGGACACCUCGUCUCCCCUUUCUCGACGCUGGAGGCUGUUGGCAAAGCAACUGCUCAAGUCCUCUUAUACCCAGAAGAGACAGCCAAUCGAGUGGUGUACAUCUCGUCUGUCAACAUUGGUCAAAGGCGACUGGUGGAAUUAGCCAAGGAGGCCCUUGGCUCUGAUGGUUGGAUCGAAAACAUCGUUGAUAUUCAGGACGAGUAUGAGUGGGCUCAAGCCAAACUGCGAAAAGGCGAGUUUAAGCAGGAGGUCAUCAUGGCGAUACUGCGGUAUUCUAUGACGUCUGCAGCCCAUACGUACACUUGGCCGAAGAGCGACAACGCCCUACUUGGCGUUGAGGAGUUUUCGGAUGCGGAGGUCAAAGAAUUUGUUUUGAAGUCUGCUGGAGUAGUCGCGUAG